UAUAAAUAUAAAAAAGAUCCUCUGAGGAGGGCACUUUUGUGAUGGCAACUUCUCUUCUAGGGGUGAGUCUAAGGAUUUUCUUGCUGGUUUAAUUAGUUCUUUUCUUCUUCCUUUUUUUUUUUUACUGCCUAUUGGAGGGGUUAAAAUAGCCCUGGUCAAGACAGAGGCUAUCAUUCUCCUAUUGACUACUGUAGUACGAGGGAGUGGAGAGAGACAGAGAAAAAGGGGAAGGGGCAGAGUCACUUCUCAGUCAGGAUAAGGUAUUAAGGGCAUUUGAUUGUACCAACAACCUUUACAACACGUUCCUGUGGAGAAGCGACUCCUUACGGAUUGCAGAAAAGCUCUCCUGUGAAUUUGUUUUUAAAAUCGGCUCCUUUUUCUAAAAAAACAAACAAAUCAGAAGUCUCUUUUUUUGCAGGAAGAGCCCAGGCUGGGAUCCACUCCUCUGGCCAUGUUAGCCGCCACCUGCAAUAAGAUCGGUAGCCCCAGCCCGUCCCCCUCCUCCUUGUCUGACAGCUCUGGCACAUUCGGGAAAGGUUUCCACCCUUGGAAGAGAUCUACUUCUGGGAGCUGCACCUUGGGCUCUGGUGCCCUUUCAGGCUUCGGAGGUUCCUCCCGUGGCGGAUCUGGCUCCUCGUCCUCUUCUGCUGCUGCUGCUGCCGCUGCUGCUGCCGCCGCCGCUGCUGCCGCUCUGGUAUCGGACAGUUUCAGUUGCGGGGGGUCCCCAGGCUCCAGCGCCUUCUCCUUGACCUCCUCUGGAGGGGGUGGAGGGGGAGGCGGUGGAGGAGGAGGGAGCAGCGGCUCCAUGUCAGCGGCCUCCCCAUUUGCUAACGAGUACUCGGUGUUCCCGGUCAGCGGUGGAUCCCAGGAGGCGGCGGCAGCAGCAGCGGCAGCAGCAGCAGCGGCAGCGGCCGCCUCACACCACCAACCGGUGUUCCUGUCUAAGGUACACGCCUCAGUGGACUCAUUACAGGGCAUCUACCCCCGAGUGGGCAUGGCGCACCCCUAUGAAUCCUGGUUCAAACCCUCUCACCCAGGGGACGUGAGCGCUGCGGCUGCUGGAGGAGCCUCCAGCUGGUGGGAAGUUGGUGCUGGCUGGAUCGAUGUCCAAAGCCCCGGGGCUGGGGCCAGUCUACAUCCCGGAGCACUUCAAGGCUCCCUGCACUCUCCACUUGGCGGAUACGGCACAGAUUACACAGCGGCAGGUUUGGGACAUUUCAGCGCAGGGGGAGGCGGAGGAGCCGGUGGUGGAGGAGGCGGAGGAGGUGGAAGUGGAAAUGGAGGAGGGGGUCACCUGCUCAGCCCAGCCGGGCAACAUAUUAUGGACGGAUUUAAGCCUGUGCUUGGUCAUGGAUCUUACCCAGACCCAUCCUCUUCACCACUCUCAGCGGGAUCCAUGCUGGCUCCUUCUGGACCCCUGGGAGGUUCUCCACGCUCCUCGGCCAGAAGAUACUCAGGCAGGGCCACCUGUGAUUGUCCCAACUGCCAGGAGGCAGAGAGGCUCGGACCGGCCGGUGCCAGCCUAAGGAGGAAGGGGCUGCACAGCUGCCACAUCCCUGGCUGCGGUAAGGUGUACGGCAAGACCUCGCACCUCAAGGCUCACCUGCGCUGGCACACCGGGGAGCGGCCCUUCGUCUGCAACUGGCUCUUCUGCGGCAAGAGGUUCACUCGCUCUGACGAGCUCCAGCGGCACCUGCGCACCCACACCGGGGAGAAGCGCUUCGCCUGCCCCGUGUGCAACAAGCGCUUUAUGCGCAGUGACCACCUCAGCAAGCACGUCAAGACUCACAGUGCCGGGGCUGGCGGAGGGGCAGGUGGCAAAGGGGCUGCAGGGGCUGGCAGCGGGGGCAAGAAAGGCAGCGACACAGAUAGCGAGCACAGUCCCUCUACCAGUCCGCCUUGUCACUCCCCGGAGCUUCUGCACCCUCAAGACAGGAAUGGACUGGAGUGACCCCCUUAUACCCCAACCUUAGAGUCUAUGACCCCUCUUAACAAGCUCCUGACUCACUCUGUAAAGGACAAGGACAUGUGAGCAGAGCUUAUUGUUCUCUUGGACACUCAAAGUUUGAGCUCUUCCUGCCUAUGACACCCACAGCAUCACAACAACAAGGGAUUGUAUUAAAGUUUGGAAUCUUACAGUUUCAAUUCAAGUUUGCUUGGAGUGUACGUGGAUGUAGUUAACCCUUUGUGGCUGAGAGGGCUGCAACGGAUUGCCCGGCAAUGCGUUACACCCUUCUCUGGCAGACAAGGGGUUAAAGACACCUGCAUUUGGUGUAAUUUAAAUGGCAUGAGAACUCUGGCCUAGUUGUUCUUAAUAACUUCAUAUUUUUCUAUUGGGUCUGGUAAUAUACAUCAUUUCACUUUGUGGUGCAACAUGUUUAACUUUUAACUUGAAAAAAAAAAUCAAAUGAAAUAGUUUCCUGAGUUUCCUUUCCUGCAAUUAGUGAAACAGAAGUUACUGAUACCAUAAAACCCAUAAAGAAUUCACCCUAAGGUUUUUUCAGUUUAGCUAAAUUGUUUAAGACCCAACUCGUAAUUCUAAUACCAAAACCAUCAUUUCUUAUUUCACACUUUAAUUUAAUCUAUUUACUGCCUUGAUGUUCGUUGAUAAAUUAUACCUACUCUGUAUAAUAGACUGCUUCUUUACUCUCUUUAAGGACCACUUGAAAUCUACUUGCUGGAUCUAUUCAUUUGCAUUCUGUCACUGUCUAUUAACAAUUCAAUGACUUAACAGUUACCCCAGCAAUCAAUCUACAAGUCUUUAAAAUAUCUACAUGUAUUUGCUGUUUUCAAUUUACAAAUGUAAAAGUUGUUAUUUGUAGCGCUAUUAUUAUGGCUUUUGAUGGCUUUAGUUAUAUUAGGGCAUUUAAAAGAUUUACAUUUCAAAGUCUAGUGAGCUAAAAAGAUGCACUCACUUUAUCAUUAUCUAAACAGAAACCGUUUUGAAAGUGGUAGCAGAGUAUUGGCAUUUGAUGUACUUAUUUGUUUCCCUUUAACCACUGUUAAAUUCUACCCAAGUUUUUUUUAUAUUACAGAAUUUUGCUACAGCUAUUUAAUUCAUUCAUAUAUUUAAUACAUAAGUUCAAAUUUUUAAGGAAAACUUAGCACAUAUUCAGCUUAAUUCAUUUUGAAAAUUGUGUUGGCUAAAUUCAUAUUAACUGGAUGAAAAUACACUUGAGGGGUGUUCCUCUAAUAUGAAGUUAAAGAAUUACAGUCCUUGAGACAAUUUGUAUAAUAUUUUUUUCUUGUACAUUAUUUACAGUAAAUAUUUGAAAAUAUAUAGAAUUGCCCUCGAGUUUUGCUGUCACAAAAAAAUAAAAAUAAAAAAUAAUAUGAGUUCUUGUUGCAGAUUUUUUUUUUUUUUUUUCUUGAAGUGAAUAUCAGACAAAUGGCACUUCGAAGAUAUAGUUUUUUUGCUUGAAUAUGCAUUUAGAUAGGUAUAAUCUGUAACUAAGCAAAUGAUAUUUCAUAAAUGUUGAAUGACAUUUAAUUUAAUGGAGCAUGUAAAAUUUGCAUUGAUUGCAGUUCAGGUAUAGCUAACAGUGAGAGUCCAAUUUUUUUUUCUUCUUUGAUAAUGAGUUAGCCAGAAACUCGCUUAUUGAAUAAAUUGUUUGAGUGAAACUGAA